AUGGCCGCAGUCAACCCGAGCAUGUACGCCGACUCGUUCGCCCAGGCCCGCUCUCCGCCCUCCGUCUUCACUGCCGUCUCGACCCGGCUCGGCGUCCAGCGCGCCCUCACGGCCGACCUCGCCGCCUUCCUCCACGAGCGCGCCCUCGUCGAGGAGCACUACAUCCGCCAGCUCGAGAAGCUCGGCAGCCGCCUCCACUCGCAGCAGAAGGACGCCUUGUUCCGCGAGCAGCAGCAGCUCGCCCUCUCGCAGCGCGACCAGGACCGCGCCCUCGGCCAGCAGUGGGCCACCUUGCGCCGCACCAUCGAGUCGGACCUCGCCGAGACGGCCCGCGUCCACGACCGCUGGCGCGCAAAGGUCGACAAGGAGGUCGCCCAACCUCUGCGCGACUCGCUCGCAAAGGGCGACUGGGCCAGGUGGAACCAGCAGGAGCAGAACCUCGCCGCCCAGGUCAAGGAGUACGACGCCCUCGUCGACAAGGUCCAGAAGGCGCAGCAAAAGUCGACCAAGUCGGGCAAGUCGGCGUCGUCCAAGCAGCUCCAGUCGCAGUCGGCCCUCGCCUCGCUCGGCUCGUCCCUCACGUCCGCGCUCCCGGCCUUCCUCAGCCAGUCGCAGCAGCUCGACCUCGCGCACGGCGCCCUCCUCAAGCAGCACCUCGUCCUGUGCGGCACCCACACGAGCGACCUCGGCCGCGACCGCAUGGAGGCGGGCGAGCGCCUCCUCAACCAGGUCCUCGCCGUCGACGAGGGCGCAGAGGCCCAGGAGUGGGCCCUCCGCGAGGGGCAGCGCCUCGGCGGCGGCGCAGGCGGCCAGGCGAGCUCGCAGCUCGCGACCGUCGGCGAGUUUGGCGAGGCGCCGAGCAAUGGCGGCGUGGCGAGGGCCGACAGCUUGCUCGACCGCGACGACGCGGCGAGCACCGUGAGCGGCGCGACGGGCGUCAGCCGUUCGCGCACCAUAUCUCGCCCGACCGCCUCGUCCACCGCACCUCCCCCAGCCGUCCCGCUCCCGCUCCCGACCGCCGCCGACGCCGACACGCGCUCGGUGCGCUCGUCGUCCAACACGUCCAAGCCGACCUCGAAGCUCGGCAGCAAGUUCUCGGCCAUCCUCGGCGGCGGCGGCGGCUCGUCGUCGUCCUCGUCGUCCAAGCGCGACCGCUCGAGUUCGAUCCCCAACUCGGCAAAGUACGCCAACUUUGCCGGGUCGUCGUCGGACGCGCCGCCCGUGCCGCCCGUCCAGCAGCAGCAGCAGCAGCCGUCGUUCGCUCGCCGCGAGACGGACGCGAGCUCGCUGUCGGGCAACGGCGGCGACCUGCUCGGCGGGCGCUCGGGCGCCGGCGCGCUCGCCCCGCCGCUUCAGCCCGAGAGCCGCGACAAGCGCAAGUCGCUCAUGCCCGGCUCUGGGGGCUCGGGCGGCGGCCUGUUUCGCCGCGCGAGCAGGGCCAACACGCUCCAGGACGACGAGGGCACUGCGGCGUACCAGCAGCAGCAGCAGGCGCAGUACGCCUCGGGCCCGAUGAGCGCCGAGCCGCUCGGCGGCGCAGGUGCGGGUGCGGGUGCGGGUGCCGGCGGCGCGCCGAGUGUCGACGCCGAGGGCUACUCGCUGCCGCCGGACGGGUACGACCGGGCGAUCGGCGACUCGGGCGCGGGUGCGAGGGGCGCGAGCCGCAACUUGAUGGACGACGAGGACGAGGACGACUUGCCGCUCAGCAGCAGCGUCCCCAAGCUCUCGAUCGCGCCCUCGCCUCUCCCGCCCAGCUCGCCGACCAUGCCCCAAGAAGACGAGCAAGCGCGCCUCGCCGCCCUCGAGAGCGUCAAGUCGGCCCUCGGCGCACCCGCAGGCGGCCUCGGCCGUCGCACGACGACCAACCGCGGCCGGCGCGGUACCGACCCGGCUUCGGCCUCGGCCUCGCCCACCGCGUCGUCGGCGCAGCGCAACACGCUGUACGCGCCCAACGAGCGGCAGGACAGCACGCUGAGCAGCGUGAGCGCGACGAGCGAGGACGACACGCCGCUCGCCCAGGUCGCCGAGAAGCACCGCCGCGCGCCGCCGCCGCCGCCGACCGCCCGCGCCACGUCGCCCAACGGCGCUCGGCCGCUCAGCGCCUUUGUCGCGUCGCCGACGGUGGCGGGCGGCGAGAGCCCGUUCACCGGCAGCAGCAGCGGCGGCGUCAGCGCCGCCAACGCCGUCGUCGCCCCGCCGCUCGCGAGCCCGACCGGCUCGAGCUCCGGCUUUGGCUCGUCGGGCGCGUUCUCGCCGGCGGCCGUCCCGGGCCGCACCAUGUCGGUCCUGAGCGCGACGUCGUCGCUCGGCUCGUCGGCCCACCCGGCCGGCGGCGCCGGAGCGAGCUCGCGCCCGGAUCCGUUCGCGCACGCGACGGCGCCCGGCCUGCGCGCGAGCGUGACCGAGAGCGUCAGUGCGCUGCUCAAGGGCGGCGAGGUGACGCGCGCACUCGUCACGGGCGAGGUCGCGCUGUCGCACCGCUCGGCAGCCUCGGUCGGCGAGGAGGUCCAGCUGCGCGUGACGGGCCUCGACGGCGCCGAGAAGGUCGCGCCCAACACGACGUUCCUCCACCCGUCGUCUGCCGGGACGCCGGGCGAGUUCUCGCUCGCGUCGAGCUUUGCGGCGACGACGGCCGGGUCGACGACGCCGGUCCUCAAGUACGCGCUGUCGGCCUCGUCGUCGAGCGUCAUCCCGCCGCUCAGCGUCAAGCCGACGUGGCGAGUCGAGCCGGGCCUCGCGCGCGCCAUCGUCGCGUACGCGCCGCUCGCCCAGUCGCCGCUUGUCAGCCAGGGCGCCCAGGUCGACGACGUGCGCAUCGAGCUGCACCUCGCGUCGGGCACCAUCUCGUCGUUCCAGGCCAAGCCCCAGGCGCAGAUGCUCCCCUCGGGCAAGGGCAUCGUCUUCUCGCUGCCGGCCGGCGCGGCCCAGAGCGACGGCAAGCUCCUCGCGUCGCUCGUCACCGUGUCCGAGGGCGGCGCGCCCGCGCAGCCGGGCAACGUCGUCGUGCACUGGGUCGUCAGGGGCGCGACGGCUGGCAGGGUCGGCGUUGAGCGGGUCGAGGGCGGCGAGCUUGACGAGCUGAGGCGGGAGGUUACGAGCGGAAAGUACCUCGCCGCGUGAGGCGCUCGUCGGCGCGCAAAGUUGGCCUCGGCUGUCGAGGUCUAGAUAUCCGUAGUCUGUCCACUCCGUCUCUCUGUGCUGCUGCCACUCUAGUUCGAGUUAUCCUCGUC